AUGAGCCGAAAAUUUAGCUCCCUUAAGGAGCUUAACGAUUCAAAGGAAACAUGGAGAUUGGUCGUUCGAGUUGUUGAUAUAUGGAGUGUUAUCAACAGCAAGGGUAAGGAGCAUCUGGAGAUGGUUAUAAUGGACGCAUCGGGUGAUAGGAUACAAGUUUUGAUUCGUUUUGACGAUACACCGAAAUGGAAAGAACGAAUACGUGAAAACAUGUCUUGCAUAAUCAACAAUGGAACUAUUUAUGAUAACGAUUUCCAGUGGAAGCUUUGUGAUCAUGACAAGAAGUUUGUGUUUAUUGGUGGUACGAUUGUGAAGGAAGUUGAUAUUCAGAACCUUCCUCCCAAAAGAUUUUAUUUCAAAGACUUUUCUGAUAUACUUGCAGGCAACUGUGAACUGAACCGACUUGAAGAUAUUAUUGGUGUAGUUCAAGAAAUCAACAAUUUUCAAUAUAACAAUUCUGGAAAAAAGUCAUUUGUUUCACUAAGUCUUAAAGACGUGAAAGGUGUCAUUGUUAACUGCACGUUAUGGGAGAGCUACGGAACAAAAUUUUUGGAUUUCUACCAUGAUGAAAAAAACAGUGGUGCUAUUGUAAUUGUACUAACUCAUGCAAUGAUAAAGGAAUCACAAGUCUCAAAUGGAUGGAGUGGAUCUAAAUUGCUAAUUAACGAAGACAUUCCAGAGAUAACUGAGUAUUUAUCAAAGUUACCUGCAAAUGAGCAGACUGGAAAGCCUUCGCAGUCCUCAAAGGGUAUGUCUCUUUGGUCUGGUGCCUCUCAAUUCACCCCAGUUGAAAGUUUCGUCCAUAAGGCCAAAUGUAUAUCUCUGAGUGACCUCUGCAAGGUGAAACAGGACAUGUUAUGUGUUACUGUUGGAACAACUCAAAAGAUUUUUGUCUCAAAACAUGGUUGGUUUUAUUAUGGAUGUACUAAAUGUUCUUUGAAGGCAUCUGAUGUGAACAAUCCAUACAAAUGUUCAUGUGGACAGAAUAUAGAACAUGCCAUACCAAGGUAUCGAGUUGACAUAUAUGUAAUUGAUGGUGAAUCAAAAUUUCGCUUUGUGUUUUGGGAUACUGACUGUGCCGACAUUAUUGGAAAGUCCGCUGAUAGUAUUUAUAAAGCAAUGCUUGAGGAGUCGUUGUCUGCAUACGGAGAAAAUGAUCCUGAUAAAGUUGUGACCAAUACUCCAUCUAAAGGAAUUCCCAUUACUCUUGAUGCUGAAGAUUCUGAAUGUCAACCUUAUGGAGCUACUCAACUUUCAGGAACAAAACCUUCAAAGAAAGUGAAGAUUGAAUCAAAUGCCUGA